UUCCUGUUCAUGCCUGGCCCGGCUGAUAAGCCUUUAUGCUGCAAGAUAGUGCGCUGCUCUGGUGGCCUGCUCAAGGGCAAUCCGCAGUACACGCUGAUGAUGGAGCAGGAGGGCGGCAAGACUGGCGCGUUCCUGGCGGCAGCACGCAAGCGCAAGGGCGGCCCAGGCGGCGCAUCAUUUGUGCUUUCUGUGGACCAGCACGACAUCUCGCGCCGAGACGCCAGCUACGUGGGCAAGCUGCGCUCCAACUUCCUGGGCACUGAGUUUGCGCUCUACGAUGGCGGCAGCAAGAGCACCACUGGUUCGCCCAUUGCACGGUGCGAGUUGGGCACUGCGCUGUACCAGACAAAUGUGCUGGGAACCAAGGGCCCCCGCAAAAUGACGGUGCUGAUUCCCAAGCUGGACAUGGAUGGGCAACGGGCUCUGCCGCUGCGCCCCAAGGGCGAGCAUGACACGCUGCUGGGCCAGUACAAGCUGUACAACUUAUCUGGCUGUGUGGUCCUGCGCAACAAGCCCCCCCGCUGGAAUCAGUCCAUGGGCGCCUACUGCCUCAACUUUGGCGGGCGCGUGACGCAGGCUUCGGUGAAGAACUUUCAGCUGGUGUCAGUGGACAACAUGGAGCGCACCAUCUUGCAGUUUGGCAAGGUGGCUGAUGAUGUUUUCACCAUGGAUUACAGCUACCCAAUGACGGCCCUUCAGGCCUUUGGUAUCUGCCUCUCCUCGUUCGCGAGCAAGCUGGCUUGUGAGUGA